UUUUCAGAUUGCAGCUGAGAUGAAGAUCAUUGCAAUCCUGGCACUUUGGGUGACCCUAUCCCAUCAGGGCUACGGCAACACUCUGGACUCAUGUCAGGGUCGCUGUGGUUAUGGAACAGACAACGGUGCUUCUUGUCAGUGUAACUCGUCCUGUGAGCGCUUCAGAGAUUGUUGUUCUGACUACACUGAAAAAUGCAAAGCUGGAGCCACGUCUUGUAAAGGCAGAUGCGGUGAAAAAUACAACAAUCAGAACAAGUGCCACUGCAAUUCGCAGUGUGCCGAGCACAAGAACUGCUGCAGUGACCAUGCAACCCUCUGUGACAGUGCAAGUGGAGGAAGUGUGAUCGCUGAUGCUGAGAUCAAGUCUCUCUCUGAAGCCCUUUAUGCUCUGGAUUCCAACAAGGCCUCAGCCUCAGACUUGAUCCUUGACCCUCAGGCUCUGGUGCCCAACUCGCAGACGAGCGCCAAAGACGAUCUGUCCCCUAAACCCUUGUUCCGAUACCUGAAUGAGGAAAAGCUGUUCUCCAGACCCACCUUCUCCGCUCUCCUUUCUGUGCUGGACAACUACGACAGGAUGACAGGACAGACGGAGGACUUCAGUGCCCAGCAGCUGGCCGAGCAAGAAACCUUCGUCAAGGAGACCAUGUCCAACACUGAGCUGGGCAGAGAGCUGUUUGCUUUCCUCUACACCAAGGGAGUCUAUGCUUCAGAGGAAGAGUUCAUUCAGGACUUGAAGAUGAUGUGGUUUGGUCUAUACUCCCGCAGCAGCAACAAGAUGGACUCCAGCGGCUUUGAACACAUCUUUGCAGGAGAGGUCAAAGGAGGAAAGAUUUCCGGUUUCCACAACUGGAUCCGGUUUUAUCUUCUCGAGAAAAACGGAAAGCUGAACUACUACAGCCACAGCUUCAAUGGCCCCUGGACUUCCUACCCUGAUGUGUUGGGGAUGCAGUUCAUGUGGGAGGGUUACUAUAAGCAAGUCGGCUCUGCAGUCAUUGGCUGCAGCCCUGAAUUUGACUUUGCCUUAUACAGCCUUUGCUACAUCACUCGCCCUGGAAAACAGUGUCGUCUGAGCCUGGCAGGGAAGGAGCUCAUUAUCCAAACUUACACUUGGGAUAAUUCCUCCUACGGCAAUGGAAAGAAGUUCAUCGGUUCUGCUUUUCCUGCAUCCCCCUAGCAACUGAAGCUGACGUGUAAUAAAACAUAAGCAACUCA